GGAGCGCUCAUUGUGCCCCGCAGCUGCCGAACCGCCCGUGCCCGUCAGUCCGCCCGCCAGCCGCCGGUUCGGUGCGUUAGCCUGGGAGAGGCCGGCGGUGGGUGCGGAGCCUGCGGCCGUUCCCGCGGCCUCCUCCUCCCCCUCCUCCCUGUCCCCCUCUCCCCGACCCCGCACUCCUUUCCCCAUUCCGGCUCCGACACCCUCCCGCCCCUCACACUCGGGACGAGAAUGCCCUGCCCGGAACAACCCAGCAGCGCCUAGAUGGCUUUGGUCACGGUCCAGCGAUCGCCUACCCCCAGCACCACCUCCAGCCCCUGCGCCUCGGACUGAAGAAUCAAAAUGAGUGUGGCACCAAAGACUAAACAAAGAGGGAAUUUUCAAGAAGAAAGUUGGAUCAAGUUGUCUUGGAGAGGUCAACAGAGAGUUCUCAGUUGGAAGACAGUGAAUCAGCAGCAUUACUUUGCUGUGAAUGUGAAGAAUCAGAAAUCUUUAGUGAUUCCAAUGAGGCAGACAGUGGGGAGGAGGAAUGCCGGUCACAGCCCAGGAGCCCCCCAACCCAUCUCGCCUCUGUCAACUGUCAGUCUGUUCUCUGUACCUCAUCAGCGAGAGCUUUCUAACUGUCAAAGGUGCUGCCCUUUUUCUACCACGGGGAAAUGGCUCAUCCACUCCAAGAAUCAGCCACAGACGCAACAAGCAUGCAGGUGAUCUCCAACAGCAUCUCCAAGCAAUGUUCAUAUUACUCCGCCCAGAAGACAACAUCAGGCUGGCUGUAAGACUAGAAAGUACUUACCAGAAUCGAACACGUUAUAUGGUAGUGGUUUCAACCAAUGGUAGACAAGACACUGAAGAAAGCAUCGUUCUAGGAAUGGAUUUCUCUUCUAAUGACAGCUACUUGCACAGUAAGAGAAGUGCUGCCUACUUGAGAACAGAAGUGCUCAGUAGCACUUGUACCAUGGGCCUAGUCCUGCCUCUCUGGAGUGACACCCUAAUUCAUUUGGAUGGUGAUGGAGGGUUCAGCGUGUCAACAGAUAACAGAAUCCACAUAUUCAAACCUGUAUCUGUGCAGGCAAUGUGGUCUGCACUACAGAGUUUACACAAGGCUUGUGAAGUGGCCAGAAUGCAUAACUACUACCCGGGCAGCCUGUUUCUCACCUGGGUGAGUUAUUAUGAGAGCCACAUCAACUCAGAUCAAUCAUCAGUCAACGAAUGGAAUGCCAUGCAAGAUGUACAGUCCCACCGGCCUGACUCUCCAGCUCUCUUCACUGACAUACCAACUGAACGUGAGCGAACAGAAAGACUAAUUAAAACCAAAUUAAGGGAGAUUAUGAUGCAGAAGGAUUUGGAGAAUAUCACAUCCAAAGAGAUACGAACUGAAUUGGAAAUGCAAAUGGUUUGCAACCUGAGAGAAUUCAAGGAAUUUAUAGAUAAUGAAAUGAUAGUGAUUCUUGGUCAGAUGGACAGUCCUACACAGAUAUUUGAGCACGUGUUCUUGGGCUCCGAAUGGAAUGCCUCUAACUUAGAGGAUUUACAGAACCGAGGGGUGCGGUAUAUUUUGAAUGUCACUCGAGAGAUAGAUAACUUCUUCCCAGGAGUCUUCGAAUAUCAUAACAUUCGGGUAUAUGAUGAAGAGGCAACGGAUCUCCUGGCUUACUGGAAUGACACUUACAAAUUCAUCUCUAAAGCAAAGAAACAUGGAUCUAAAUGCCUUGUGCACUGCAAAAUGGGGGUGAGUCGCUCAGCCUCCACUGUGAUUGCCUAUGCAAUGAAGGAAUAUGGCUGGAAUCUGGACCGAGCCUAUGACUAUGUGAAGGAAAGACGAACAGUGACUAAGCCCAACCCCAGCUUCAUGAGACAACUGGAAGAGUACCAGGGCAUUCUGCUGGCAAGCAAACAGCGGCAUAACAAGCUCUGGAGAUCUCAUUCAGAUAGCGACCUCUCAGACCACCAUGAACCCAUCUGCAAGCCAGGGCUAGAACUCAACAAGAAGGAGAUCACCACCUCAGCAGACCAGAUUGCCGAAGUAAAGACCAUGGAAGGUCACCCAUCCAUACCUCCUGUCUUCGUGGAACAUGUUGUCCCACAAGAUGAAAAUCAGAAAGGCCUGUGUACCAAAGAAAGAGUGAUCUGCUUGGAGUUUACUUCUAGGGAAUUUCAUGCCGGACAGAUUGAAGAUGAAUUAAACCUAAAUGACAUCAAUGGAUGUACAUCAGGGUGUUGUCUCAAUGAAUCAAAAUUCCCCCUUGACAACUGCCAUGGAUCCAAAGCCUUAAUCCAACCUGGACAGGCCCCAGAAAUGCCCAACAAGUUCUCAGACUUAACAGUUGAAGAUUUGGAGACAGAUGCAUUGAAAGCAGACAUGAACGUCCACUUACUGCCAAUGGAAGAAUUGACAUCUCGCCUGAAAGACCUCCCCAUGUCCCCUGAUCCUGAGUCACCAAGCCCCCAACCCAGUUGCCAGGCUGAAGUCUCAGAUUUUAGUACAGAUCGCAUUGAUUUUUUUAGUGCCCUAGAGAAGUUUGUAGAGCUUUCUCAAGAAACCCGGUCACGAUCUUUCUCCCACUCAAGGAUGGAGGAACUGGGUGGAGGAAGGAGUGAAAGCUGUCGACUGUCAGUGGUAGAAGUAGCCCCUUCCGAAGUGACAGCUGAGGACCAGAGAAGCAGCUCUUUGAGUAACACUCCCCAUGCAUCUGAAGAAUCGUCAAUAGAUGAGGAACAGUCAAAGGCAAUUUCAGAACUGGUCAGCCCAGACAUUUUCAUGCAAUCUCACUCAGAGAACGCAAUUUCAGUCAAAGAAAUUGUAACUGAGAUUGAAUCUAUCAGUCAAGGAGUUGGACAGAUUCAACUAAAGGGAGACAUUUUAUCCAACCCAUGCCAUACACCAAAGAAGAACUCCAUCCAUGAGAUGCCCCUUGAGAGGGCCCAGGCCCCGGAGAACAAACCUGGAAAUCUGGAGCCGAAUGAGGGUUCCUGCUCAGCCCAGCCUGAACUAGCCAAAGACUCGGGGAAGUGGGACCCAGAAGGCUGCCUAACUGUACCCUCAUCCACCACAGACUUGGAAGAAGAAGAACCAGCUGAGGGGGAACAAGAGCUCGGGGGCCCAGGGAUACACCCAGGUGCCAAGUGGUACCCUGGGUCUGUAAGACGAGCCACCUUGGAAUUUGAGGAACGCUUGCGGCAGGAGCAGGAGCACCACGGUGUUACUCCUGCUUGUACUUCAUUGUCCGCCCGCAAGAAUUCCAAGAAUGAUUCCUCUGUGGCAGACCUGGCACCGAAAGGGAAGAGUGAUGAAGCCACCCUAGGACAUCCGUUUGUGCCCAGGGACCCAGAGAUGAACAAGAGCAAAGGGAAAUCCAGUGGAUGUGAGGCUGGCUCCAUACUGCAUUGUGAGCAAGAUGUCACUGUUCCAGCACCCAAGCUGCCGGACUUCUGCCCCUUGCAGGCUCCUCAGGAGUGCUCGGAGUCAGAGACUAGAACCAAACAGCAAGGAGUCCUGAAAGAGCAGCGGACUGUGGUUUCAUGCCAGGAAUCUGAAACACAGGGAGUCCCUUUUCCCAAGAAGAUAGAAAUCAUUGAGUAUACCCACGCGGUUACAUCCCCCAAUCACCCUGGGCCAGGGGGUGAAGUAGCCACCAGUGAAAAGAGUGGGGAGCAAGGACUGAGGAAAAUGAAAGUGGAGAAGCCCAUCACUGUGCUCUGUGCACUAGAUGAAAAUCUGAACAGGACGCUGGGCCCCGACCAGGUUUCUCCGUACCCCAAAGGGCUACCUCUGCCUCCUUCCUCUCCUGAGCACAACAGGCCCACCGACCCGACCUCCACCCUGAGCGGCCCUGAAGACUGGGGCAACGGCCCGGCAACAGCCCUGGACAUAGCAGCGCCAUUUGUCAGUCACACCACCCACGUACCAUCUGCCAACUUGGAUUAUCUGCAUCCCCAGACCAUGGUUCACCUGGAAGGCUUCACAGAGCAAAGCAGCACCACAGACAGUGAACCCUGUGCCGAGCCGGGGCACUGGGAAGAGAGUCAGGAGGGCCCCCUGUCCAGCGGCAAUGAAGUGCCAUAUAAGGGCUCCCAGUUAACUAGUGAAGACCUAAGCUUAAUUAGCAAAUGUAGUGACAACAUUGGGAAGUUACAAGAAAAACUGGACCCACCACCUGUGGCCUGUAGACUCCCUCAUAGCUCUAGUAGUGACAAUAUAAAGGAUCUUAGCCACAGCCCCCGUGUGGUGAAGGCACACGCUAAAGAAAUUGAAUCCCAAGCGAUUUGCCAGAUAGGGCUCCCCAAACCAUCCCAAAUGAGGCGUUCAGCUUCCCUCGCCAAGUUAGGUUACUUGGACCUGUGCAAAGACUGUUUACUGGAGAGGGAGCCUGUCUCCUCUGAGUCCCCUCAUCUCAAACUUCUUCAACCCUUCAUCAGAACAGACUCGGGCAUGCGUGCCAUGGAGGCCCAGGGGCCCCCCGGAAACUCAGAUGCCCCCCAGAACCCAGAGCCCACCAAGUAUUUUAUAGAGCAACUUAAAACAACAGAGUGUAUCGCGCAGAGCAAGCCAGUGGAGAGGCCCCUUGUACAGUAUGCCAAAGAGUUUGGUUGCAGUCAGCCGUGUUUGCUCCCCAAGGCAGGACCGGAAUUGACUAGUUCUGAAGGAGGCCUGCCUUUGCUGCAGACCCAGGGGCUGCCGCGGGCGGGCCCAGCUCCAGGGCUGGCUUUGGCUCCCCGGCAGCAGCACCACAGAACUCACCCCCUAAGGAGACUGAAAAAAGCAAGUGAUAAAAAAAGGACAACCAACCCUUUCUAUAAUACCAUGUGAUUCUGAGCCUACACGUGUGACUUUCUAAAAGAAAUGUUUAUAAAAGGGGCAGGUGUAAUAUGUAAGGAACAUGCACUUUAUCGGUUAAUUUUAUAACAUUUUGGUCAUUUUACUGUUCCUGGCACAUGCAGAGUUUGGGGUUUUCUCCCUCUGUGUGUGAGAGAGAGAGAUUGAUUUGGACAGCAAGACCAUUUUAUCAUUUUUUAUUUUUAGAAAUUUCAAACCUCAAAAUAUACUCAUUUUCAAAGAACACCUUUAUCAAAGGCAAAUUGCUGUUUUUCAAUCAACUGCCACCUGCUCCUCAUUUUGCCCUCUGAGAAAAGGCAUGCAUGCUUGAUUGAGGAUGGAAGCAGAUGGGGAGGGUGUGGGUGAAGCCAGAAAUUGAAAAUGCUGCCCCUGGGCCAGUGUGACGAUGGCUUGUUCUCCAGGCCUGAUGCUUCAGGUGGGCUGAAGGGCAAUGGGACAGCAGGGGACAUCAGCGCUCUCUCAGCCUGGUCCCCAGCCCCAGCCCUUUGGAGGUCCUGCUGUUUUCAAAGAGGGUCUUCCAGAAUCCAUUCUCCUGGUGUUCCAGAGUGGAUCGUUAAAGAAAGGCAUCAUAAUGGCUGGCUUUAUAAACUUGUUAAUAAAUCAGAUUUUUUAUUAAAUUAAAAGUCAACCCCAAAUGAAAUCCAAGAGGUCCUCUGUUGAGAAAAGCAUAAGAAGGAGGUGAAAUGGGAAACUGAGACACAACAGGGACAAGUUUGAAAAAUAGCAAUUGAAAGUCAAUGUGUUCUUGUAAAAUGAAUACAUAUGUAGGGUUUUAACCCUUCCAUUACUUGAAUAAUUCUGUGGGCCUCUGAGUUUAAUGGCCAUAUUUUUUCCAAUUUAUUUUCCUCCCUCAUGCUGUUUCUCUCAAUGCUGCCUGUUUUGUUUUAUUUCAUAGAUGACAUUUGAAUUGUUACAUUACUUUUGUAUAACCUCCAUUGAAUGCAAAGUUUUCUUUUUGAUAUUAUCACUGUUAACACUUGACAUAAGUUUUUUUCCCCCUUUUCCUGGAAGAUUUGUCAUUUCUUUAGUUUUUACACAGUAUUUAUGUACAUAAUGUCAUAUUCUUACAGUGUUUUGUUAUUGAUGUCAGAGGGUCUUUUUGAUUUAUUUUUUUUAAGGAGUUAAUACUGGAAAAAGACAACAGAAAUAAAACUGAUGGGUGUUGUAGGAAUCUGUAGAGUAUAUUGACAGUUGUUUUAUUGUUUAAAUGGAGGCUCCCAAUUGCCAGCUCCUGCCAAAUUAUGCAUUAGUAACUUCCUCUUCAGAGAAACCCCUAAAGGUUCCCUUUAGAUCACAGUUUGACUGACAGCUGCAUCCUCAACUGAAAUCCCAGAAAGUUGUUCGCCUUCACUGACCCACAGCCGGGGAGUGUAUGGGAGUGUCAACGGCUUCCCGCUUCCCCAGGGGGAAGCUCCUCAUGGACUAGGCUGAGAGGCUGCAGGGUGGCCUCCGCCAAGGGCAGGCGCCUCACAGAGUCCGUUUAGGAUGCCGCUGCUUUGCUGCCGCUGUGGAGAUCUUAGGACAGCAGCACCUGCCAUAAACCAGCCUCUUCCAGAAAACAUAUUGAGACUGGAAUGGAGGACCCUCAUCAAAACUGGAGAGGUUUGCAAAUUUGAUUCCUGUUUGCUUUGGUUGAUGUCCACAUUGUUGAGAGAUUGACCAAGGACAGGCUUGAGUUUUGGGUUUUGGGUUCAUCACAGCCCUGAGAGGAAAAGGCAGCUGCACAGACUGUCAAAGUGGUGUCAGAGGCCAGUGUGCGGUGGGGCAGGUAGUAGGGUGACUCAGAGGAGAGAGAAGAAAUGGACUGAGGCCACUCGCAAGUGCUCGAGAAGCUGUGAAUUCAGCUGCCAGGUGGAAGCCGUAGUUGCAUCUGACAUCACUGCCAGGAAGCACAUUGGACAGAAAUCUGCUGUACGUGUAGAAACCUGCUUUAUGGUGUAGUAAUUAUAUAUACCCAUGCUUUCCCUAAAUAGUUUCCUUGAAUGUCAAAUGUACAUUCACACAGCUUUGUGGUUCCUGGAUACGGAAUGUGUUGUAAAGUGCUUUGUUGGGUGGUGUAUACCAGUGUGAGGAGGCUCAUCCGUCUAAACUGCCCUGUCCUAUUGAGGCAACUCCACCACCACUCUGAUGGGGAAAGGACAGGACAUUUUGGCAGGGCUGGGAAGAGGAGGAUUUGCCUGGAGGUUCAGGGAGUGGAGUCCAUUCAUGUUACUCCCUGGAGAUGGUGACAUUCCUUGUGUUAAGAAGUACAAGCAGGAUAGACAACUGUACUGUUCUCUCUUCUCCCCUCCUGUGUUUGAUGCUCAGUCUCACUGCAUUAAAUAACAACAAACAUGGGAGGGAACCUUCUAAUGCUGUGGAAAAAAACAGAAACUUUCUUUUAAAAAAUAGAGCAGCAAUUUUGAACCUUUUUCAUCUCAUGGCACACAUAAACUAAUUACUAAAAUUCUGCAGCACACCAAAAAAUAUAUUUUUUUGCCAGUCUGACAAAAAAUAGAUAUAAUUUUGAUUGAUUUUUAAAAAUAGUAAUUACCUACCCUUUUUGCUCCUAAGUGACUUUUAAAAAUCAGGUGCCUAUACUUGUAUAUAAGGAUUUCUGGUACCAAGAAUGAACACAAUCUUAUUAUGCGACGUGACCAAUAAGAUGCAGCUAACUCUUUUCUGUGACCUGUAUAUUUAUGGUUCAAGACAGGACAUUCACACCCCACAGCUAUUGUUGUGUUGGCUGUUGUCGUUUUUUUGACAAUCCAAGGGAAAAGAGGUCAGUGCCCCUGACUAAAUAAUCAGGUAUUACAGGUUUUAAAAAUUCUUGCCACACACUAGUUGAAGAUCACUGGAUUAAAGGAAACAUUCCUGCUCGCCUUCCAUUUUUUAAAAAUAUUUUUUAUCAUUCAGUUUACCUGCCUAAGUAAACGUCUUCUACACAGGGUCUGCAAUCCAGCCAAUGCCAAGGGGUUUGCCAGUCCUCUCAGGCCCUGACACCGCUGAGUGUUCUCAUGUUAUUUACAUGACUGAGCGAUGUCCAGGGAAAGAACAGGAUGAGCUAUCAAGGACUUUUCAGACUCUUCUCUUCAAACUUUUGAUAAUCUCGGGUGGCCUAUUUCUAUUUCCUGUUCAUGGAAAACCCAGGCCUGGGACAGCAGGUCUGGUAGGUUGACAGAGAUGAGUAGGAAAGGCCUUGACCCAGUGCCUCUCUUUGUGGAGUGUGUGUGUGUGUGUGUGUGUGUGUGUGUGUGUGUGUGUGUGUGUGUAAAAAGUAACAUUUUGGUGCAUGGGGCAAAAGCCCCAGGAGCACACAGAUUUUGAGCUGUAAUCUGGAUGGCUACCUGGUCAGUAGGAAGGAGAGAAACCCCCUACCCUUUUAUAAUUUUAGAAACACUUAGGAGUAGUGUAUAUAUAGUAGACAAUGUAGUACUGUAGUAUAGUAACGUUCAUCUCUCCUCAUUUUGGUUGCCUUUCAGAUUCUGAAUGUUUGGGAUCAUUCCUAGCAUCUCGCCUCUUCCAACUCUUUAUCUAGCAUUAUCCUGGUUCUCUACCUUUAUCCCUACCGUAUCUCCUCUCUCUCAUCUUGGGAAUUACCAAGAGCUCCAAGGACAGCAUGAGGAGGACAGCCUAGGUUCUGAGGUCCCCUCCUGAGAAAGGGCCGCAGACAGAUGCUGUUGGAUAGACCUGAAGCUUCUGAGACGUGGCAGCUCACAGAAAUCUUCACCUGUUCCUUCUGAGGAUUCAGUUCUGAAGUGAUCUAGGCAUGUUUGGUAAAGAUGUUUUUGUGGGAGUGUUUUGUUUUGUUU